AUGCUGAGAAGGCAGUCGGCGAAGGUCGUUGACGUCGGGGAAUCACCGCCAAUCCCAGGCAAGAAUUGCAGUCUCGGCCUGCCUCCAUCAUCCAGCCUGAGGCUUAGUCAAGAUUUCUGCCCACAAUUGGCAGUUGCCGCGGCAACCAUAUCAGAGACACGGUCUACCCUCAGCGACAGGGUAUUCGACGCCUCGGAGGAGGGAGAGGACAUCAACCGUCUGUGCCUUCAGCCAAGUCACAGCUAUGAAGGUACAGAUUCUUGGAGUUACAGUGACAACCGAGCAACAGACAGCGCUCCAGAUGCUAGGUCUGGAUGUAGCAGAAGCUUGGCGAAUGUAAACAUCAAUCUGUCUUCUACCUUGUGGCCAUGCACGGGAUCUGAGAGCUGUUCUGAGCAGCUGAGGGUUCGCCAGGAGGCAGGAAAAUGGCUGACUGGAGGAUGGGUGGCCUCGAUCAACGCGACCUCGGACGACCCAAACAGGCCGAGACGAUGCUCUGGUGACAAAACGAAUGAGGCAGACGCUGGCGAGUCGGCCAGUCUCCGAGGCUACUUGGAUCGCAAAGGUAGGAUUAUACCAAACCUGGGCGCCAAAGCCAGUCUGGAGGCUGGUGCCACUGCCUCCGAGCAGGCCCGGCUGCAAAGCUGCCGAAAACGUAAGACUGGCUGGACACCGGAACAGAACAGCCUAAGCAGGAUGUUGUCCUUAGCCACAAACUCAGAAUUGCCGAAGCAGUUGUCAGUUGACACACCAUAUCCUUGCCACGAAAGGGAGCUACGACGACUGCCCAGCGCCCCCUCGACCCUUCCGUUGAAGCCAGGAACUGAGGCUGGCACCAUUGCAUCAUCGUCAGCCUCAGUAUUAAUCGGCCGACGGAUCGACCAUAAGAGGAUGACCGGAGAGUCGGAUAUUGGGGAAACUGAUAAAAAUAGAUUUCGUCAGAGCUACGAACAAGCCGAUCCCAAAGAAUAUCGUCCAGAAGAGGCGACAAAGUCGGAGAGGGUAAGACGUCUUUCAACGCUUAAAAGUGAUCCUAGAUCAAGUAGAGCCGAUCUUUCUUCAGCUCAUCAUGAGUAUGCUCCACUAAAUAGAAGUGGGUUGACCUCGUUGGCGCAACAUGGUCUUGUUGUCAGGGCGACUAAGUAG